AUGAAUCGCACAACUCAAGCUAUAUCUACCCUUUGGCGUAACCGGCCACGUUACCGAACCGUCUUCCUCGUCCAGGUCGUCCUUAUAGCUCUCUUCCUGACGUUGUCGCUCUACAUCCAUGCCUUCGGCUUGAAGCAUGAAGUGGUAAAGCGCAGCUCCGGGACUUUUGGUGGCUUCGACGAGCGCCCCAUGACCGAGAAGUGCUACAAGCAGGAGCGCGUCGCUACGCUGUUCGCUGUGUUUUUAGGCUUGGUUGGUGCGGAUCAUUGGUAUGCACAACACUGGGUUCUGGCUAUUUUCAAACUUUUGACUGGCGGCGGUCUUAUGAUAUGGGCUACCAUCGAUGUGGCAUUUUGGAUCGUGGGUGGAUUCUACGGGACACCGGGCUGCGGUGGAGGUUGUAGUAAGGAGUGGUUGUGUUAG